GUCGAGGCCCAAGAGCCAAACAGCUUAGUUGUUCGCAGAGUUGGCUGUUGGAUGUUUGUGACGCUCGGCUUCCCAAGUAGGAUUCAAUUGGUUCCGAGCUAGGGAAAUCGGUGACGGUUCGCCAUGCCAUUCAGUUGUUCUGUGACGAUGCGCGGAUCUUUGACUGAAUAGUUCUUCGGCCAACAGAUAUGUUGGGAGUAGCCUUACAUUGGACGAGAUCUUCGGGAUCUCUCGAGGAGCCGAUGGCGUCUAUUCAAGGAGGACUCGACAGAAAUGGUUUUGCUUCGCAGAGCGUCGGGUCCCUCCACAGGAAGAAAAUGCCACCCCAGGUCCCCAAGAGAACGUGUUCGAUGCAGAGAAACCUCUCUCCGAUGUCGGGCUUGAGAGCGUCGCGUUGCGAGUCCACAGGAUCGGAAACAUCGCUAGUUCUCGAGACUUCGGUCAGCUCGCAUGGCUCAUCGUCCGACCUCCACUCGCACCAUUCGCACUCGCCGUUGUGGGGCAACGAGGAACACGACGAAAAACGAUUGUCGAACAUCUCUGAAGACGCCUGCGACGCCACCCCAGGAUACUCGACGAGUAACGCCGGUGCCGACGCUCUGCUGAUGUAUCCGUCGCAAUCGAAUCCGCUCGCAUCUCCCCAGGAGAUCUCGAACUUCAAUCCUCCCGAGAAUAAGCCCAAGGAGAUCGAGCGCAAGAGGCACUACCGAGUCGGCUUGAAUCUCUUCAACAAGAAACCCGAACGAGGAAUCCGCUACCUCAUCGACAAGAACUUCCUCGAGGGCACUCCAGAGGCCGUGGCGAAGUUCUUGAUGACUCGCAAGGGACUCAGCAAAAACAAAAUUGGCGAAUACCUCGGGGACAGACAGAACCCGUUCGCUGCUCAAGUUCUCGAGUGUUUCGUACGAGAAAUGGAUCUAUCCGGAAUGCAAGUCGAUGUCGCCUUGCGUAAAUUCCAGUCCUACUUCCAGAUGCCUGGGGAGGCCCAAAAAGUAGAUCACGUCAUACAAAUGUUCUCUGUGCACUACGCCGUUUGUAAUCCGGAUCUGGUGGCGCAAUUCUUCAAAAACCCCGACAACAUUAUGGUGGUCGCGUUCUCAAUAGUAAUUCUCAACGUAGAUUUGCACAAUCCGUCAUUAGCAGAGCACCGCCGCAUGAAGGUCGACGACUACAUUAAAAAUCUCCGAGGUGUCGAUGGUUUCGAAAAUGUGGACCGCGCCACGCUGGCUGGUAUUUAUGAACGAAUCAAGAAAGAAGCCUUCCGACCGGGGAGCGACCACGUAACGCAGGUCCAGAAAGUUCAGGAGACGAUUGUGGGCGCCAAAAAGCCAAACCUGGUUCUUCCACAUCGACGACUAGUGUGUUACUGUAGACUGUACGAGGUCUACGAUAUCCAGAAGAAGGAGAAGGCUGGACUACAUCAGCGCGAAGUUUUCCUCUUCAACGAUCUGUUGCUCAUUACGAAGAUUGCAAGCAAGAAGAAAGGAGCCAUUACAUACACGUUCCGUCAGAGCGUGCCCCUCGUUGGACUGAACGUGACGCUGUUUUCAACGCCGCACUAUCCGUUCGGAAUCUCCCUCUCGCAACGUGUCGACGGCAAGGUCGAGAUCACGUUGAAUGCCCGCAACGAACACGACCGAGGCAAGUUCUGCGACGACCUUCGCGAGUCCAUUCUCGAAAUGGACGAGAUGGAAGCCUUACGGAUUGAGGCCGAACUUGAGAAGCAGUCUUCAUCAUGGUCGAACCAGGCAGAGAAUCGGGACAGUGGAGUCGCCACGGACGACGACAACGCAGGCCAAGCUGCCGGUUCGCCGGCAGACUCACGCAAAGCUAAGGGCUCGGCAUUGUCGAACUCCUUGCUGGACCUCAACGAGCCGCCUCUGCCCAAACCCGUUCGACGGGGAAGUGCAGGAUCCCUCGACAGCGGGAUGUCGGUUUCGUUCCAGUCCUCGGCUGCCAGUACAGUGAGCAGGGACUCGUCUCCGCAGACCGUCCCCGCCAGCUGUGCGUCCCAACCGCAGCAUCAGACGAUUCCCGAGGAACCGAAAGGCUUCCUGAGUCACGUGUUCAAGGGAUCGACCAGCAAACAGAAGCUGCGCACAGAUACGACUGACGUGUGAGCUCGUUGUUGUCUGAUGGCCGAUGGACACGAAUGGAACGGACUGGUCUCGGAGAAUCGGUGAAGGCGGCGACGUUGGCGGCCCUGGCGACAACGACCACAUAAUGCAGGUGCAGUGAUCUAUGUGAUGCGUGUACAGAGGAUCGGGUUGACGAAUCAACUACGGACCCGUCUGAGUAAUAACAGCGGAACCGUGUGUAAUAGCUGAAAAGCCAAUCUUAGCCAAAACUCUUACAUACGUGCGCUCGCAGUGGCGACAUUUUAGACAAACAACUUGUUUCCACUUUCGUUCAGUUAUUUUAUUUCUUGAGCUGUAAAUACUGAAAGGGAACGAAUCAUGGUCACCCGUAGCUUCAACCAGUGGGCGCAAGGAACAAUGUAACACUGAACACCUUCCCUUGGUCCGAACUACAAGAGCUCUCUUCCACGACGUAUUCGAUCUGAGAUUAUCGACUUGAGCGGGGGAUGAGCUCAAACUUUCGGGGAGGAAUAGCGUGCACCGAUCGGACCCGAGAGUCCGAAGCGUAGGAGAAAUCACUCCCAAUAUCGCUACGAGAGGCAUCGCUACAGCAUUUGGUACCCCCUGACGUGGACUGCUGUAAUUCACGGCGUCGAUGGUGAACACACAUUUCUACGAAUGUGCGUGUGGGUGUGAGACGCGUGAGCGGAGGAAAUUUUCUGCGACAUACCGAGAGAGGAUCUAGAUGUACAAAAACUGUUUAAUAUAUUUGGAGACUGAGCCACGAGCGAGAGCGGAGACUAAUAAACGAAACGUA